AUGAAGGCCUCUUUCAUCGCUAGCAUUGUCGCUCUGGCCGGCUCUGCUUUUGCUGCUCCCACUCCCACUGGUGGCCUUGAUAGCGCCCUCGGUGGCCUCAAGGUUGGCGAUAUCACCAAGGAACUCAAACUGACUGAGAUUCCCGUUGUCUCUAAGCUCAGUGACCUGACCAAGGUCCUGAACCUCCCUGCCUCCCCCUCUGCCAGCAGCACCCCCGCUGUUCAGGACGGUCACGUUGUCCAGAACCUCGGACCCCAGCUUGACAACAUCCUGACCGUUGUCGGCCCUGACGCCACUACCCUGCUCAUCGAACUCUCCCCUGAGGUUUCUGCCCUCGUCUCUGGCCUUGGUCUCGGCGCACUCGGCGCUCCUCUCGGUUCCAUUGUCGCCUCUGCCUCCAGCAUUGGUGGCCUUGUCACUGGCCUUGGCCCCGUCGUCGAUCACCUCGUCACAGUUGUCGGCGCUGACGUCGGUGCUCUCCUCAUCAGCCUUUCCCCUGAGGUUGCUGGCCUCGUUUCCGGCCUUGGUCUUCCUACCGUUGGCGUCCCCGUUGGCACAGUUGUUGCUACUCUCGGCAAGAACGUCAAGCGUGGCGAGGUUGUCCAGGACCUUGCCCCUAAGGUCAAGAACACCCUGACUGUCACUGGUCAGAACACCAAGGAGCUCCUCAUCGAGCUCUCCCCCUCCGUCACCUCCCUCGUUGCUGGCCUCGGUCUGACUACCAUCUCCGGCCCCAUUGGCUCCAUCGUCGCCGAGGCCGCUGACAUUGGUGACCUCGUCAAGGACAUCUCCGAGCCCAUUGAAGACCUCCUCCACGUUGUUGGCAAGGACGGCAAGCACCUUCUCAUUAAGCUGUCUCCCUCCGUCGUUGACCUUGUCACUGGCCUCGGCCUUCCCACUGUUGCCACCCCUCUCGGUGCCAUCCUCACCACCGUCGCCCAGAAUCUGUAA